AUGGCUUCUUCUAUUUUCCAAAGAAACAAGCAUUCUCCUUCCUCUGUGAUCAGUUUCUUCAAGAUUGGUCUCAAAAAAGCCUUGAAGAUGGAAACCUUGGUUUCUUCAUUUAUGCUUAUUACUAAGACUAGUUUCAUACUUUCAUUUGAAUUGCAGAAGUUACCAAAAAAGUUCAGUAAGAAAUAUGGUGAUGGUGUUCCAAAUCCAGUGUAUCUGAAGCCUCCAGAUGGCACUGUAUGGAAGAUAGAUUGGUCUUUGUAUGAUGGUAUGAUUCUAUUUGAAAAUGGUUGGAAAGAAUUUGCUUCAUAUUACUCUUUGGAUAAUGGCCAUAUGCUGUUCUUUGCGUACUACAAUGAAACUUCUAACAUUGAAGUACACAUUCAUGACAUCAUUAGUGGCUUUGAAAUAAACUAUCCUUCCUUGGAUCACAUCAGCCAUGACAAUUCGAUUAAGAUCUUGAAUGAACUGCCGCCACGAGGCUGGCCGAGGAAAAAAGUGAAAGCAGCAGCAGAAGUAUCAUCUCCUUCUACAAGUAAAAGAUUGAGGAGUUCUGUCAAAACUGGAGAUGUAGAAAAGGGCCCUGAUAAACAAAACUGGAUGCAGUGUUGCAAGAAUGAAGAAGCUAGUCAAUCUGAAGAGACAGGUCUUAAGAUGCCAACAAUUCAAAGUGCCAGAGUUGAUCCUGAUAGUAUGUAA